UAACAAUCAGGACUCAAACCUGAUGGACAUGAUUGUAAUGAUUGCAUGGGGUAUUUGGAAGAAUAGAAAUGAAGUGAGGCACGGGGGAAAGAAACUUGCACUGCUGAAAUAUAUGGGACAGCUAGCAGACUUCGUGAGGAAUAUAUGGCAACACAGGAGGUUUCAAACCAACCUAUGGAUACUCCGAUGGAUCAGAUCAGAUGGCUCACUCCACCACACGGAUGGUACAAGGUAAAUGCAGAUGGGGCUGUUUUUUCAAAGCACAAAUGGGCUGGAAUAGGCAUAAUAGCCAGGGAUGAUCGAAGGCGUGUGGUUGCUGCCAUGAGUAAGAGAUUGCAGGUUCCCUUGGCUGCCUUAGAGAUCGAAGCAAAGGCAAUAGAAGCUGCUGCUAUGUUUGCUAGAGAUAUUGGCAUUCAGAAUGUAGUCUUUGAAAGUGACAGCUUGCAGGUAUGUUCUGCUCUUCAGUGGGUAACAGAAGCUUCCACAGCUAUUGCAAAUAUUAUUAUUGGUACUUUGUACCACAUGCAUCAUAUCCGCCAUAUUGAAGUUAGACACACAAGAAGAGAAGGAAACAAGGCAGCUCACGGACUUGAAGUAUGCCCAAUCAAUAGAUGA